UUUUUCCGUUGAAAAGAAAAAAAGAAAAGCCAGGUACAAGAAAUGGCAAGCCAGGUAUGCAGCACCCGGAGAGUAAAAAGGGUUUUGAUGUCACCCCGGUUUAUGAUGACGUGUCCGAAUUCCCCGUCUACGCCACUGUGAGCAAACUGAAGCACAUGAAGCAUGAUGACAGCACCGUACAUUAUGCGGACAUCCAGGUUUUGAGCAAGACUCGCGAGCGUUCGGCGGCGGAGGUCAAGAACCUGCAGUCCCAGAACGCCACAGAAUAUGCCACCCUCAAUUUUCCCCGGGCCACCUUGAAGUACGACAGCAAAAACGGGACUCUGGUGUAAACGCAGAAAGCUGUCUUGCCAAUGCUUCUUCAACAGAAAGCUGACACACAGACUGAGAUCUUGCACGUGAGGUCCACAUAUGGUUGGCUCUUUUUGGCCAGGAACAUUCGCAAGGCCUUUAUCUUCCAUGUCAUCUAGAUGGAGAAUGUAGUUUGAACGAGACUCAAAACUUUUCCUUGAGUGUGCCAAGAAAAUGACCACGUGGGGCAAGAUCAUAAUAGAGGUAGCAGAAAGAACCAUCCUGUCUCAAUAUGGAGGUAUUAAAAGGAGAGAUCUGGCUCUAGGAUGAACUGGACCCAGCGGGAGGCUAUGAGUAAAGAAGACGGCAGUUUGUGAGAGUUUUAUUUCUUUCCAGAAUCAAUCACUGGUGGUUUUCAAUGCCACAUGAAAGGUUUUUACUAUCACAACGGGCAAGAGCUGGCAAGGAAGGAAAGGGUUGCAUUUUUGAAAGUUAACCAAGUCCUAACAUCUUCUAAAACAUGACUGUCAGAUAUUUUGGGAUAAAAUUACCACAAGCAGUUUUGUUGGUCCUCUAUCCUAGGCAGAAAUAAUUAUAUGUUUUCUCCCCUAUUCACACCACUCUGUAGAACACCCAAGUGGUGACAGCGAAGUUUAUUGUGUAAUGUCAAGGUGUGUUUUAUGACAGAAAGGUCAAUGUGCACGGACUUUCCCACCCUUUUUCACAUGCAGUCGGUUUGUCUUAUGAGGUAAAACAUUGCAAAUUCCUACAUCCUGAAAGCAGCUUAUUCUUUAGGAUAGGCUAAACAAUCUAUGGUACACUAAGGACUCUAUAAACCUGUAGCUAGCAAUCCUACAGCGGCUGUCCAUUUUGCCCUUCCUGGUUGGUGGUAUAUUGUAUUCAAUAGAUAAUCAAAUGGAUGGCAGGGGAGGGUAAAUAUAAUAAAUAUAUAAUAAUACAUAUAAUAAAAUGGCUUGCCUGUUUAAAGGUACCAAGCAGAUAAAAUGUGAACAUGUGAUGCAUGUUGAAAAGAUUUACUGGAAGAAUUUAUUUUUCUCAUUUUCACUGAAUUGUAUAGCUCAUGGAGAAAAUAUCUUCUAAAUGUCUUGUGCCCAUUUAUUUGACAAAUGGAAAUGAUGCCAGACCAGAAACUUGCCAUUCUGAAAUGGAGUCCCCCUCAAGGGUGUUUGUCAGGCAUAUGUGCCAGAAUUUUGAUAAUCUCAAACUCCACUUUUAAUAGUAUCAGCUUCCAGUCCUCAAGGUAGCAGAAGGAACAAUUAAUUAUUCAAAAAUGAGGAGAUAAAGCUGCACUUUCCAAAAUCUUGCUAUUUUUAAGUUGAUGCUGUGACUUUAAGAGGGUUUUGAAAAAUGGAGCUCAAGGAUUGGAAAACAGAUCUCUUUUUACCAGUAGUUGGUGAGAAGGCAUAGUACUGUACUGGUUAUUUGAUGCAAAGAAAAUGAUGUAUAGUUGUAAAAACUGGACUAUGAAAACUUCCAACACAAUGCCUUUUCAGUGGCUUUUUUCCAAGGCAUUUUUGUAGAAGAAACAGGGAAGAAAUGGGGUGGGGGAGAAAACUCAUCCCCCAAGCCCAGCAAAAGUUACUGGGCAUUUGGAAAAAUGGAUUACAUCGUUUGAUGGUCCUCUCUAAACUCUGUGAUAAAUGUAUGAGGAUCAAAUCUUUUCUGGAACUUAAGAAUGUAUUUUGGUCAUCGUUGCUCUUGCUUACGUUUACCUUCAUUGAAUAAUAAACAUUGAGCUUGAGGGUCGUUAAAUGAACUGCGUGACUUUAGCGAAAUGCAUGGCGGCAGUUCUGAACUAGGAGGUUGUUACUUAGUUAAAUAUUAUAUGAAGGAAAGCUAUUCUGGCUUAUUUUAAGCAAACGCAAACCUAACAAGUGAAGAAAUCUUUGUAAAGAUCUUGAAAUGUUCUUAUUUUAAUAUAAUGAUUUGCCUUAAAGACAGUAUAAUAAAAAGAACUGCUAGGUACUGUAGCUCAGUGGUUUAUGCGUCUGGCUAUGGAGCCAGAGGUUGGGGGUUUGAUUCCCCCUCUGGGCCUCCUUGA